GUUCCAGGUCCUUUACGGCAUGGCGUGGCUGGUGGACAUAUUUUACUGGUUUCUGCUGGUGCCUUUCGCGUGCUACCAUGGCAACUUUGCGCGCCGCACGACCUGGCUCAACAUCUGGCUGCACAGCCUCAACGUGUUGGUGAUGAAUGUGGAGCUCUUGCUGAGCCAACAAGAGGUGCGGAUCUUCAACUCGAUCUUUGGCUUCUACUUUG